AUGUUCUGGGGAAAAGACAAAAGCGACGGCGACAAGGAGGAUGCCCCUCGUAUCCGUGAAGAGGCUCGUCCGGAAUCUCCAAAAAGCCAGAUACCACGCCAGAAGCUUUCUCGCAACCUACAAAAACUCGUCGACCGGGAAGAUGACUACUAUGACGAACUAUACUCCCCAUAUUCAAUCGAUUCCACAAACACAAAAUACAGAUAUGCAGCCUACGUCAAUCGAAUAAGGACCAUCUUGCUAUCCGCCCACCGCUACGUCGCUUAUACUUCAGACAUCGGCGAAUCGUUUCGUCCUGUCGCUCAUCCGCACCUUGUCCGAAGCGCUUAUGCUAUUUCAUGGACAUAUAUUCUCGGCGACGUGGGUCAUGAAGGAUACAAAGCUUACUUGCGCAAUCGGCGAGCCGUAAUUCCGCCCGGAGAGGCAUAUAAGGAUGCGACAGACCUGAAUGCGAAUGAUGUCAUGUUGGGUAUGGCUACUGGAAAUAUCGCCGGUCCUUUAUCAUCGACGUCGGGUUCGCGCAAUGAAUCGGAGGGUGGUGAGAAGUCAGACCCUCUGGUUCCAUGGGCUACGACUCACAUCCCAUUGAUCGACGAUUAUCGAAUGGUCAUGGUGAAGCGUGCUGUGUUUCAAAGUAUUGCAAGUAUGGGAUUACCUGCAUUUACCAUCCACUCCGUGGUGCGAUACUCGGGCCGUGCUCUCAAGAAUUCGAACAACACACUUAUUCGCACCUGGGGUCCAAUUGGCCUGGGUCUGAGUGUUGUCCCCAUGUUGCCAUACCUCUUCGACGAGCCAGUUGAACAUGCCGUCGAGUGGUCAUUUGCGACUAUAUGCCGUGCCAUCGAAGGUCCACAAGCUGUUACGCCGUCUCCUCCCUCCCGAGAGCUACCAACGGAUCAGACAACGCCGCUGAGCAAAGUCCUUGCACUGCAAGAACAAAAGAAACGCCGCGAGGCAGGUGGUAGCGACCCUUCCUGGGAGGACUUCAAAGCAGAUAUUCAGCGUGAAAGAGCAGAACGAAAGUCGACUGGUGGAGUAAGCGGCUGGUUUGGUUUUGGCAAGAAAGAGAAGGAUGAGUAA